AAAAAAUUGAGUUCCAGAGCACGAAUUACUCCUCAAGGUCCCUAGGAAAUUGUGUGAUGAGCUCCAACUUGCAGCAACACGUUCUUCAGGCAGUUUCCAACCCCUCUGCUUUUGGAUAACAGAAUGUCUGAUGUGAAAGUCUGCCCCACUAAGAGUGGGAAUCCGUCUCCGCCAGAGGUCACAAAUCCCAAGAAGCCUGGGCGUGUAACAAAUCAGCUCCAGUAUUUGGAGAAGGUGGUGAUCAAAGCUUUAUGGCGGCAUCAAUAUUCUUGGCCUUUUCGUCAGCCAGUUGAUGCAGUGGCACUAUGUCUUCCAGAUUAUUAUACAAUUAUUACACACCCUAUGGAUCUGAGCACCAUUAAGAAACGACUUCAGAAUCAAUAUUACUGCGAAGCAAUCGAAUGUAUCAAAGACGUCAACACUAUGUUCACCAACUGCUAUGUGUACAACAAGCCUGGAGAUGACAUUGUUUUUAUGGCACAGACCCUGGAAAAGCUUUUUUUGCUUAAACUCUCUCAAAUGCCUAAGGAAGAGAUGGUUACAACAAUCAUAACACAGGAACCAAUAAAAGGGAAGAAGACAAAUACAGGUGCAAUAAAGCAGACAUCUCUCAUGUCAGAGGUUGUUCUCCAGCAAACUGAGAAAGUCACUGCUACUGAGGAACCUCAGCUUAUCCCACCCAUCCAACUCUCUGCACUAACUGAUGCAACAAUUAAAAAGGGAUUGAAGAGAAAAGCAGACCCUGUUAUUCCUGCCACCUCUAUCUUCAGUAACGGUGAGGUGUCUGUGAUAGAGGAACAUCCAACACCUUGCACACUUCUCUCCAGGAGAGGCAGUGGUAGGGCCAUCAAGCCUCCUAAGAAAGACUUGCUUUUGUCAGAGGACAAGAGUGGCAGACUUCCAGAGGAGCUCAGGUACUGUGAGAGUAUCCUAAAGGAGAUGCUCUCUAAGAGGCACUAUGCAUGCGCUUGGCCCUUUUAUACACCAGUUGAUGCAGUUGCUUUGGGCUUGCACGACUACCAUGACAUCAUCAAGAAGCCUAUGGACCUAGGCACCAUCAGGUUGUUGUUUCCUCAGAAAAAAAUGGAUCAGCGAGGGUAUGCAACUGGCAAGGAAUUUGCUGCUGAUGUCCGACUGAUGUUCUCCAACUGCUACAGAUACAAUCCACCAUCACAUGAAGUGGUGUAUAUGGCAAGAAAGCUGCAGGAAGUUUUUGAGGAGCGUUAUGAGAAGGUUCCACAUGAACCGGAGGUAUGCUCCAUGUCUCAUCAGCAAGAUGACAAGAAAACAAAAGGAAACGGGGUUGGAAGUCUUUCAACUUCAGCAAGUUCUGAGAGUGACAGCUCUUCAGACUCUGAAUAUUCAUCAGAAGCCGUUGCCAUGCAGCUUUCUCAUCUAGAGAAACGGUUGAAAGCUGUCAGUGAUCAGCUGACUAAACUUGCUCAGGACCCUCUAAUGAAGUCAAAGAAGAAAGGGAAGUUGAAAAAAGAAAAGCGAUCAAAAGAAAAGGAUAUCGCUCGACUCAAGAGCAUAUCUGCAAAGUACAAGUCCAUUGUAGAAAAGCUUGCAAAUGGCAAGGCCUCUGCUUUGCCUGAGAACAAAAUUCAGAAACUCAACAUGCCCUCCAAAUGUGAAAAUGAGCUUUCAUCAACACCAAUGACUUAUGAAGAAAAGAAGCAGUUAAAACUGGAUGUCAACAAGCUGCCUGGUGAGAAACUGGGCAAGCUGGUGAGCAUAAUUCACAACAGAGAGUCAUGUCUGCGAAAUGCCGCUCCCAAUGAGAUAGAAGUGGACUUUGAAAUGCUCAAAACAUCCACCCUUAGAGCUCUGCAGAGGUUUGUUGAAACCUGUUUGAGGAAAGGCAGCAACAGUGGAAAUGUAAAAAAACUGAAGCCCAAACGUGGAGUGCAGUUUAAGAAACUAAAUGAUGAUGGAAAGCCUUUAGUUUUCAGUAAAGAGAAAAUGUCACCAGCGAUGACGCAUCCUGACCAUAGUGACCAGUUGUGUGUCAAAGAGAACAGCAGCACAACCUCUGGCUCUGGCAGCAGUACUAGUAGUACACAUUCUAGUACUUCUGACAGCAGUGAUUCUGAAUCAGUGCCUCGCAGAUUGAAGUGGAAAUCCAAAGAUUCUUGCCAAAAUGUUAACAAGAAGGAGACACACAAUGCCUGUAGUGAGGAGAAGCCAGAGUGUAAAGAUGUGAUGAAGGCCUCAGUCUGGAUUGGUCAGCCUCCUGGGCAAUCCAAGGUGGCUCAAAGUGAAUACCAGCAAACGCACUGUGAUGCAGACGACACAACAGAUGAGGAGAUUAUAUUCCCUCCAGAUUUGUCUGCACUUUUAUCCCCCAUGGUUUCACCAGGGCUUUUGUCAGAUUGGGCAACAGCAAGAUUUGAGCAGGGUCCGAUGCUCUCCCCUCUUGAAGACAGCCCAAUGGAAUCGAAAGAUGAAAUGACUUGCAAUUUCAGAUAUGCUGAGGACUUUCCAGAUGAGGUGACCAAGGUGCCUCAAACGAACACUGAGAACAAAUUUGCAGAGGAAGAAAAAAACAAAGUUCAUAAAAAGGACAUAUUUUUGAAAAAUGCCGAGUCUUGGGCAAGGCUGGUGAGACAGUCAAUAACCCCAGCAGCAAUCAAGUCCUCCAAAGAGAGCUUCCAGCAGUUCCGUAAGGCUGCUAUAGAAAAGGUAGAGCGUGAAAAAGCACUGAAGAAGAAACCAAUAGAUGAAAACAAGGAGACUCCAGAUAGCAUUUUCUCAGAGGCUGCCCCACAUGCUUCCAGUCAUGUGUCACAAAAACAAUCUCCUGAUGAAUCGCAGCCUCCAAACCAGUCUUCUGUGGACAGGGAAAGAGAGUUGGCCCGCAAAAAAGAGCAGGAACGCCGCAGGCGGGAGGCCAUGUGUGGUAUUGACAUGACUAUGCAGCGGGACAUCAUGACUACGUUUGAGCUUAACCUGGACUAAAAGUCAGAUGAGGUGCACCAGAGAAAUGGCUUCCGUUUGUCUUGCUUUAAUAACAUGAUGUUUCUGUCCAAAGAUAAUCUGUGUGUUAUAUUUAAAACUAUGGCUGGGGGG